AUGGAUUUCUCGCCUUACAAACCGUCUCCUGAUGAGAAUCGAAAAGAUCAAAAACAACAAAAGAAACAAAAAGCACCAACACCUUAUGAACCCAAUCCUUAUCAAGUUGGAGGAGCUUCCAUGGCAUCGUCUUCUACUUUGGAACAAGGUCUUUUGGAUCAAGAUAGACAACCCACAUUACGUGUCAAUAAGUAUGAAACUACUUUACCAAUACGUGUGGAUAUCGAAGCUGCUUUGACUUAUUUGUUUCCUCCUUUAUCAGGCUUGCUCUUCUUGGUAUUGGAAACUCAAAAUGAUUACGUCCGAUUUCAUGCUUGGCAGGUAAAAAAAAGGAAGACGAACAAAAACACCAUGUGUGUGUGUGUUGUAGGAAAAGAGGAUUAUAUGUUUGACAGAUUAAAUAGAUUUUUUUUUUCAGUUGUUGACAAAUCUUUUUUUUUUUUUUGUUUAGUCUUCGAUCAUGUUCUUAUCAUUGAUGAGCCUUCAAUUCAUCAUGAUCUUCAUUUCCAACUUUUUAUCCUGGGUAUUGAUUUUCGUUGA